GGACAGCAGGUCCCCCAGAAUCUGGAACCUCUCCAUGGACAGCAGAUUCCCAAAAGUCCAGAACUACGUAGGGAACAGAAAAUCUCCUUCCAGGAUCCGUUCCUGAAUCCCCCAAAGGACAGCAGAGUCCUCCUCAGGACCCAGAACCCGUUGGAGGACAUGAACCCGCUCCUCAGCUCCAUCAGGUUCCGGCCCGCCACCUCAGAUACAGGCAGAGCUACAGAUCAGCCGUUUCUCAGGAUGACGACAAAGAAGAGGAGGAUGUCCAGAUCAGACGUGGCUCAGCAGGAGGUCAGCGGGCCCUGAACGCCCCUCUCAGUGACGUGGCGAGGGCCAUGUCUGCCUCCUCACCGAGUGUCAUAGACCCCGCGGUUCCUCCCUCCUCUUCCUCAGGGAAUAAGGUUCCUCAGAUCUACAUCCAGAACUCAGACGUUGAACUUCUGGCAUCUCGAUUCCCCUCAGAGUCCAGGUCCAGACCUGGACCUGGACCUGGACCUGGACCUGGACCUGUGGAUUCCAUGAGACGCAGUCUGCCUCUGGAAGCAGAAUUCACCAUGGAACGCCACCAUGACAGACCUGCUGCUCAGACCUCUCAACCAGUCGGGCCCAAACGGAACCAGAGGCUGUCGUCCAGCCAGAGCGACGUCUUCGACCUGCCGUCGGCUGUGAGGUCAUCGUCGGCUGUGAGGUCAUCGGUCAGCGACUGGCCUCCGUCCGGGUCCUCCAGAACCUUCAGAGCAGAUGAACCUGCGGCUUCUCUGGAAGUUCUGCAGGAGUCCAACAGAACCAAGCCGGAGCCUCCGGCCCGUCGCUCCAACCUGAAAAUGCCGUUCCAUCAGUCGAUGGGGAAUCUCUGCGACGACGAGUCGCCUCCCAGUGGAAAGUUGCAGCCGUUCCUGUCCAGCGACCAUCUGAAUGACAACCAGCAGUUUGCGUCCAGAGGGUCGUCCCUCAAUCAGUCCACAGAUGAUCUCUACGAUGACAUGAAGUCGAGCAGCAGCUCCAUCGACUCGCCUCGGGUGAAGCUCCGCUCGCCGGCGGCUCGGCGGAUGAGCAGCCGGCUGAGGAACCGGAUUUGCCGCAGCUUGGGAACCGACCUGGACCAGGAGGAAGCCGGUGGAGGACCGGAGGACGCCAGACUGGAACGGCUGCACCGGAUCUCGUCCUCGCUGAGUCUUCCCCACCACCUGUCCUCCUCGUCGCUGUCGUCUUCCACCACGCCGCCGCGAUGCCCCAGCCCCAACGCCUCAGAGGGCGGGAGGAAGGAAUCCAGGAAGAGCUUUCACUCCCACAACGCUGGAAAGUCUGCGGUUCCUCUGGAGCCCCAGGAGCACCACUGGAUGGUGAAGGCAGCGGCGGGUGCCUGGCCCGACAUCUACGCUCUGUUCAGGUCCGACUCCUCGCUGCUCAACCGGCAGGACUUCAUCUCCGGCUUCACGGUUCUGCACUGGAUGGCCAAACAUGGCGACCACCGAGUGAUCAACACCCUGGGGUACGGCGUGCAGCAGAAAGGCCUGAGCUUCGAUGUGAACGCCAGGUCGACGGCGGGUCAGACUCCCCUCCACAUCGCCGCCAUGCACAACCACAAGAACGUCAUCCAGCUGCUGGUGAAGAAGUUCAACGCCGACGUGAAGGUGAGGGACACGGCGGGGAAGAAGGCCUGGCAGUACCUGAGCGACCGAUCCCCGACAUCCUGCAGCUGCUGGCGGCGCCGCCGAAGGCCGCGCUGACCCGCGGCCCCGAGAACGUCGACCCGGGCCCGAAGCCGCCCAAGCAGAAGCGCCACCUGCGCCACCACUUCUCCUCGGCCUCCUCCGGCCAGAGGCCGCAGAC